CGUGACAUAAGACACGCAUGGCGCAUGCGCCCGAGGCGGUCGUCGAAGAACCCAGUAAAUAGAGUCCGAGGGCACGAGCUACCGUCUGCGCUUACGUCACGAGCCCACGUCGAGAGCUCGAGCUGAGUUGUAGGAACUGGCUUAGACGGAGACGCGUCGAGGAAACGGACGCAGCGACGAUGGCCCGCGGCCGCUGAGUGUCGGCUGCUUGCGACGGAAAACACCGACGGCCCCUGCUUCCAGCGAGGUCCACGCGCCGACGGACAUUUUGAGGCGCCGUGCUGCCGCUUCAGGGUCGCAACAUGUCGUCCGCGGCGGUGCCUGCCUCCAGAAGGCAGUCGUGCUACCUGUGCGACCUGCCCCGCAUGCCGUGGGCCAUGAUCUGGGACUUCACCGAGCCCGUGUGCCGCGGAUGCGUCAACUACGAGGGCGCGGACCGGAUCGAGUUCGUCAUCGACACCGCUCGGCAGCUGAAGCGAGCGCACGGCUUCCAGGACGGCCGCGCUCAGGGCGCGGGGAAGCCCCAGCACGCCGGGAAGGAGUUCGGCCACUCGGCCGGAGACGCGGGCGCCCGUGCGCCGCAGCCGCUGGAGCGGUACCCGCUGUGUGACCGGCCGCCCAGGCUGGGCCCGGAGUACCAGGCGGGCCGGCCGCUCAACGGCUUCAGCAAGCCGGACGAGCCCCCGGAGCUGAACCGCCAGAGCCCGAACCCUCGCAGGACUAGCGCGGUUCCUCCCAGCCUGGUGCCGCUGGUGAACGGCGGCCUCCCCGCAGGACACCCGCUCAGCGGCCGCUUCCCCGGGGCUCUGUCCGGGCAGGAGCACGGCAGGCGUCUGGAGAAGGAGGACAAGCACAGGCCGGACAGCCUGUCGGACCCGACCGACAGCCACAAGGACUGGAUCGGCAAAGGCAAGACGGUCCGGGACCUGAUGGCGCUGCACGCGUUCGACGGCAGGUUGAAGAAGGAGCACGCGGCCGUGCAGAGGGCGAUGGGAUGCGAGGCGGGCGCGUCCUCCAGAGCAGACAGGGGGAAGCAACCACGCAGCGUGAAGAGAAAGGCUUCUCCAGAGCUGGACCCCGAAGGCGGCGUCUCCAAGGUGAACGGUGCUGAUCCGUGGCUCCCGUCGCCCUCUGAGGUUCUGAAGGUUCCUCCGGUCGCUCUGCCCGGCUUCUCGUCCGCCCCCCCCUCCGCCAUCUCCCCACUCUCCCGCAUCACACCCCCUGAGGUUGCCACGGCGCAGAACGGCCAGUUGCCCGCGGCGACGCUCAUCCACGCCGGCGACGGCAGCCAGGUGCUGUCCAACAUGGCGGCCGCCAGCCCCCUGCCCCAGAGGGAGGGUUCUGUGGACCUCCACCGUCCCCCGAGCGGCCCGGACUCCUCGGCGGCGCCCGGCGGCGCCCCGCUGUGCUGCACCCUGUGCCACGAGCGGCUGGAGGACACGCACUUCGUCCAGUGCCCGUCGGCGCCGUCGCACAAGUUCUGCUUCCCCUGCUCCAGGGAGAGCAUCAAGCAGCAGGGGGCCACGGGUGAGGUUUACUGCCCCAGCGGAGAGCGCUGCCCGCUGGUCGGCUCCCACGUGCCCUGGGCCUUCAUGCAGGGGGAGAUCAGCACCAUCCUGGCCGGGGACGUGAAGGUGAAGAAGGAGAAGGACCCUUAAAGCGCUGCGUCCGACCCGAUCCGAGCACUGCGGCCGCAGCCGCAGCGGAGUGGAGCUGCUGCAGCCGAAGCCGGAGGCGGCGCCGCCCUGGAAACUGGAAGCUUUGCCCUUUCCACUACGUUGUUGUUUUUUUUUGGAAGAUGGCAGGUUUGUCCUCUGAACGGACUCACUGGCUUCAGCCUAGAAUGUGACUGCUGAGGAAAUGAACCAUGCUUUGCUUCUAGCUGUACAUGUCUGCACUUGUUUAAGAAGAAACUUGCUAAAUACAGUUUCAGCUCUUGUAAUAACA